AUGGAUAGAUAGACAGACAGAUAGAUAGAUAGACAGACAGAUAAAGUAGGUCAAAAUACAGUCAUGUUAAUUCUCUCAGCCUCAAUUUUCUCAACUGUAAAAUUAAAGUAAUAAUUCCUGUAGUACCACAGGAUUGUUCUGAGGUUCCAAUGGGAGUGUGCAUAUCUAGAUCAUGCUACUUAAUGCUACUUAAAUGCCCAUUAUUGUGACUACUGUUAUUACCAAGGCGUACUUAGUAUAAACUACCUGUCACCAAAGGAAAAGAGGCAGAAGACAGACAGUCCACAUGUGCUGGCCUGUAAUUGUGCCUAACAAGGGUUAACCAGCACUUCUGACUGGGCAGGAUGGCCAGUAAGUCCCCCUUUGGACCAAGAACUAGGUUUAGUCCCUAAACACUCAAACCUACUGAUCACCUUGGCAACUGAAGAUUGGUGGAUGGAUCCCUUCAGACAUCACCAGAUGGUGGCUGGGAGGCUGGACAUGGAGUGAAGAUCAUAUGCAGCCACAACUGAGAGGAGGAGACUUUGCCUGCUCUGGGAGAGUGGAAGUGAAGCACCAAGGCGGCUGGGUGUCUGUCUGCAGUCCUGACUUUCCUCUGCAGACGGGCAGUGUGUUGUGCAGGGAGCUGCAGUGCGGCACCCUUGUCUCCAUCCUGGACAGGGCUCACUUUGGAAAAGGAGGUGGCCAGGUCCUGCCUGAGGAGCUACAGUGUCAAGGCAAUGAGUUCCAUGUCACCUUGUGCCCUACAGUGCCCACUCACAGUAGGAAAUGCAGUUCUGACAGGACCAUUGGCAUCAUCUGUUCAAGGUACAGAGACUUCCAGCUGGUGGAUGGUGGCUCCAGGUGUGAGGGGCGUGUCGAGGUCCAGGUCCAGGGAGUCUGGGGAGCCCUCUGCAGCUCCCACUGGGAUCCGGCCAAUGCCAAUGUUCUCUGCAAGCAGCUUGACUGUGGAAUCGCUGUCUCAGUCCCCACAGGAGAGUAUUUUGGAAAAGCAAGAGGUCCUGUAUGGAGGCACACAUUUCAUUGCUCAGGGACUGAGCCUCACCUGGAGACUUGUCCAAUGACUGCCUUGGGAGCCCCACUUUGUUCCCCUGCAAAUAUUGCUUCUGUGAACUGCUCAGGAAAUCAUUGGGAUGCUCAGUUCCAGUGCCAAGGUGCCCAGGCUCAGUCACCUUCAUGCUCAGGCUGCUCCUGGCCCUAG